GUUGACCUCAAUAUUAAGCUGUGAUCAGAAUCAGCCAAGCUUCACAAGCUCCACAGCUCUUCAUCACUCAAAUCUAACAAUAAGAGAUCCUGAGGAUUCCACUGACAGAGCAUUCUGAAGAAAAAUGUACUUGAAGCACCUGACUGCUGUAAACUGUGCAAGUCUUCUGCAGCCUGGCUGCUCCUUAUUUCACCUAGAAGGUGAUCCUUAUCUUUUUGGUCAGAAAGGAUGGCCCAAACGUUCCUGCCCCACAGGCAUAUUUGGUGUUCGGAUUAAAAAUGGGGAGCUCAAAUUGCGUGCCAUCUCAUUUUCCAACAAUUCUUGUUAUCUUCCACCUCUACGUUACCCAGCAAUUGCUCACUUAGAGCCUCACAAUGAAAACCCAGAGUGUUACCUCAUUCACGGAGGCCGAACCCCUAACAAUGAGCUAUCAUCAAGCCUUUACAUGCUUAGUGUUGACAGCCAUGGAUGUAAUAGGAAGGUCACACUGAGAUGCCAGGAGAAAGAGUUAGUUGGCGAGCUCCCAGAAGCACGACAUGGCCACACCCUUAGUGUAGUCCACAGCAGAGGGAAAACUGCCUGUGUUCUAUUUGGUGGCAGAUCCUACAUGCCUCCUGCUGAAAGAACAACAGAGAACUGGAACUGCAUGGUGGAUUGUCCACCCCAGAUUUACCUCAUGGAUCUGGAGUUUGGCUGCUGUUCAGCACACACCGUCCCAGAGCUCACUGACGGCCAGUCUUUCCACCUGGCAUUGGCACGAGAGGACUAUGUCUACAUCUUGGGUGGCCACAUUGCCUCUACUGACUGCCGACCACCUCGCCUGUUCAGGCUGCAUGUAGAGCUCUUUUUAGGCAGUCCAUUACUCUCCUGUGAGAUCCUUAAUGAUGGUCUCUCCAUCACAAGUGCCAUUGCUACUCCCAUAGGCCCUGCACAUGAAUACAUUAUUCUUGGUGGUUACCAGUCAGAUUCCCAGAAGAGAAUGCUGUGCACCUAUGUUGUACUAGAUGAUGUUGGAAUACGCAUGGAGCCCAGAGAGCCUCCUGAGUGGAGCAGUGAGAUCAGCCAAAGCCGUACCUGGUUUGGUGGAACCCUAGAAAAGGGAAGUGCAUUAAUUGUUAUACCUUCUGGGACAAAUCAUACACCUGCAGAUGCCUAUUAUUUUUACCAGUUAAGCUUCAAACAAGAGGGAGAUGGGGAGGAUGCAACCCAGACAUGCAGUCAAGAAUCCACUGAUUUUGAGGAUUCAGCACCCCUAGAAGAUUCAGAAGAGCUAUAUUUUGGCCGUGAACCCCAUGAGAUGGAAUACAGCAGUGAUGGAGAGGGCGACACCUACAACGAAGAAGAUGAAGAGGAUGAAUCUCAGACCGGUUAUUGGAUAAAGUGCUGCCUCACAUGUCAGGUUGACAUCAACACUUGGGAGCCCUUUUACUCAACUGAGCUUACCAGACCAGCUAUGAUCUUCUGUUCCAGAGGUGAAGGUGGACACUGGGUCCAUGCUCAGUGUAUGGAGCUCUCAGAGAGUCUACUACAACGUCUCUCUCAGAAUAACAGCAAGUAUUAUUGCCUCGACCAUGGAGAUCUUGCGAGGCAGGAAAUGACUCCGCCACGCAAGAUAUUGCCUUUGAAGAGAAUCCCAAUGAAGACAUUGCACCGCAAAGCCCCCAUAACUCCGAAAAUGUCUCCAGUUAAGAAGAGCUUCUUCAGAAGAUUGUUUGACUGAGCUAAUCAUACUUAAUUGGUUAUUUGAGAGCUAAAUGCUAUGUGCUUAAUACAUAUCUUACACUCAGCACAACCUAACUUCAUAUACUCUUGUUAUGCACUGAAUAAAAUUUUCUUUGAAACAUUGUUUGUAAUAAAAAAGAAAA